CCCCCCCCCCCCUCCUCACUGGCUAUGGGGUGGUGCUGGCUCCAGACCGGAUGACGGGGUCCACGGGGCGGAUGGGGUCACACCCAAUCUAAGGCAGCGGGCUCUUCUUCGUGCACGCUGACUGGCAGUGACAGCGCCUUUUGCAGUAGACGGCUCACCCCUCCCACCUAUCCCCCCCCCACUCCCCUUGAUUCCUCGCCGGUGAGUCGCCUGUCGCCGGGUACCAGCAUGAGCUGGCUGAGCAGGCUGAACCCGCGGGGCCCCGGCAGCCGGGCCGGCCGGAGCGCCGCCCCCUCCGGCCCAUGCACCGCCGACCCGGAGACCUGCCUCAUGGUGUUUGAGAACCACUGGAGACAACUGUCCUGGGUGUUGGAGCAGCAAGAGCCGUCGUCCUCCAGCGACGACCUGACGGCCGUGAGGAACCACACCGACCAGAUGCUGUGUUUGCUGGCGGAGGAGCGGCCCCCCGAGAGCCCCGAGGGCGGCGGCGCCGGCGCCCCCAUGGGCCCCACCCUGGAGCUGGUGGUCACGGAGAAUAUCCUGGAGCGCCUGGUCCAGUGGCACCUGCGCCGCGGCCUGGACCCGGACAGCCAGGGGGCGCUGCUCAAGCUGUUCGAGAUGCUCAUCGGCCAGUCGCAUCAGCUGCUGCUGCAGCACACCGCCGUCCUCCACCCGCUGCUGAGGCUGCUGGGAGCGUGCGCCGACUCGGAGCUGGGGUGUCCCGCGGCGCUGGAGAACAGCCUGGUGCUGCUGCUCAACCAGGUCUGCGUGUCCGUGGCCCGGCAGCCGGUUGUUCUGGAGAUGUUGUUCCGGGCGGCGCCGGCCCAGCAGGGCUCCACCAAUCUGCUCAUCUUCUCCCUCCUCGUGCCGUUCAUCCACCGGGACGGCGCCAUCGGGCAGCAGGCCCGCGACGCGCUGCUGCUGGUUAUGGCGGCGUCGGCCAGCAACGAGUCGGUGGCCCGGUACAUCGCCGAGAACUCCUACUUCUGCCCGGUGUUGGCGACGGGCCUGAGCGCUCUCUACUCCUCUCUGCCCCGCAAGAUGGAGGUGCGCGGGGACGACUGGCACGCCCUGCGGCGGGAGGACUGGAUGGGCGUGUCGUCGCUCGUGCUCUUCAUGAACUCGCUGGAGUUCUGCAACGCCGUGGUGCAGGUCGCUCACCCGCUGGUCCGCUCGCAGCUCCUGGACUACCUCCACAACGGCUUCCUGGUGCCCGUCAUGGGCCCCGCGCUGCAUAAGUCGUCGGUGGACGAGAUGAUCGCCAGCACCGCCUACCUGGACCUCUUCCUGCGGAGCGUGUCGGAGACGUCGCUCCUCAAAACCUUCCUGCGCUUCAUCCUGCUGCAUCGCCACGACAACGACACCAUCCUCGACACGCUGCUCACGCGCAUCAGCAGCAAUUCACGGCUCUGCAUGGUGUCCUUGAGCCUCUUCCGGACCCUUCUCUCCCUGAACUGCGAAGACGUAAUGCUGCAGCUCGUUCUCAGGUAUCUACUGCCCUGUACUCACGUCAUGCUGAGUCAGCGUCGCGCUAUCAGGGAGACGGACCUGUACGGAAGGUCCGCCGACAAGUUCCUGUCGCUGAUCCCAGAGUGCUGCCGGCUGAACGCGGCGUCCUCCGCUGAGCGGGACGAGGACGGCCCCUUCUGGGGCAAAGGUGGGCAGCACAUGAGCAGUCCCAGCACAGAGUCCCCAGCGCCGGCCAGACCCAGCACCCCGUCCCGCCUGGCCUUCUUCAUCCGCCAGCAGAGCAGCGGAGGCGGACCCGGAGGAGGAGGAGGUCCCUCCACCCCCACGGAGCAGGCAGGCGGCGCGGCCUCCCGCCCCAUGUCCCCCGACAGCCCCAUGCACCAGCAGCACGCCCACACGGAGUGUCUGGACUGGGACUCGGGUUACCUGGAGUACCUCAAAGACUCCCGGCGGGGCAUCGAGGUCUGCUCCUGGGCCUGCCGCGACUGGUCGGCCCCGUACGACGGCGAGGACCCUUCGCCGAGCGCCGCCCCUCUGCCCCCACCCCCCUCCGCCUCCAACACCACCAUGGCGAUGUUCCCGGAGCACUUCUCCCUCCAGCCGGGGGCAAGCAGCAGCAGCAGCGCCCCCGUUUCUGCCCAGCAGAGGGCGGCCAUGGUGGCGGCCGCGCGGUCCGAGUGGAGCAGCUCCGAGCGGGACAGCGGCGAGUGGGACGUCACGAUCGGCAAGAACAGCUGCAUCAGCCUCACGCCGCGCUCCAAGAAGCGCAGCCUGCAGAGGGAGGAGGUCCUGCCCAAGCCCGUGCCGCGUCUCGUCCCCGCCCCGUCCGCCUCGUCUCCAGACGCUCCUCUAUCGGCCACCCUGUCCCUGGCGCCGCACAACGCCGCCUCUGCCGUCGCCAUUUACAACGGAACGACGGCGCGGGAGGACGGCUGCUCGGACAGUCGGGACAGAGGACUGGAGGUCAAGAAGGUGAAGAGGGACCUGGGCGAGCCGCAGUAUUUGGACGAAAACGCCAAUCAAAACGGGUCCCUCGUCAGCCUCGCCGCUCCGCCGCAGUCCCCUUUCAACGACGUCAGCCCUCCCCGCCCCGAGCCGAGUUCCCCGCCGAGCCCCCCCGGCGACGCCUGCGACCCGCGCCCCACCCCCCCCGACCUCCCGGAGGCGGACCUGGCGCAGCAGUCCGUGGAGAGUCUAAUCCGGGAGCUGUUAGAGCAGGCGCCGGAGGAGGCGCCGCCCCCCGGAGACCCCAACGGCCAGGGCAUCAGCAUCGAGGCCUUCACACAGGAGCUGAGGGAGCUGGAGGAGCGCGUGAGGGAGCGCAGCCGGGCGGCCGGCCAGCAGGAGGAGACGGCCAAGGAGCGCCGCCGGGAGGAGGAGCAGCCGCUGGCGAAGCCCCCGGGGGACACGAAGGGGGACGUCCCCGCGGCGGGCACCUGCAGCCCCGGCAGAUCGCUGAGUCAGCCCGCGUCUCAGCCGUACACAGGUCCGUUCAUGGUGGUUCUGUUUGCCAAGCUGGAGAACAUGCUCCAGAACUCGCUGUACGUCAACAUCCUGCUCACGGGCAUCGUGGCCCAGCUGGCCUGCUACCCUCAGCCCCUCCUGCGCUCCUUCCUGCUCAACACCAACAUGGUCUUCCAGCCCAGCGUCAAGUCGCUGAUCCAGGUUCUAGGUUCUGUGAAGAACCGCAUCGAGGCGUUCGCAGCCUCUCACGAGGACUUCCCCGCCAUGCUGAGGAAAGCCCAGCAGUACCUGGUGGCCCGAGGCAAAGUGGACUGGGCCGACUCGCCUGCGAUUGUUCCCACCCUGCGGCGCUCCGAUUCAUUAGUGAAGAGUCGCAAGCCGUCCCUCGGAGACCUGAUCCUGCGCCACACCAACAGCCCGACCCGGGCCCGGAACGCCGCCCAGCUGGCCCUCGCGCACGUGCGGGACGGCAGCCAGUCGCUGCACAGCGCCCUGUUCAAGGGCGCCGGCGGCGCCGCCUCCGGCCUGGAGAAGCAGGCGGAGGCGCUGCGGGUGAAGAACGCCGUCUACUGCGCCGUCAUCUUCUGCGAGUUCCUCAAGGAGCUGGCCGCUCUGGCUCAAGAGCACGCCGUCACUCUGCCUUUCCCCCACAGCCGGGAGGCCGAGGAAUGACAGGCGCAGGGGGACCGGAGCAUCGGGACUAGCGUAGGGACCAAAAGGCGGGAUUCAUAUUUCUUUUGUACCCAAAUCACUACAAGACUGGAUUGGAUUUCCCCCUCGGCUGUAAACCUCUACGCUAUUGUGCAUAUCUUGUAUUAUAUUUAGAUUCUAAACACGGACGAUCUCAGCAAAUGCUCGAGAUCAGGGAGCUUGUACAUACGCGGAGCCACAGAGACAGGAAACGGGCGCACGCGGUGGUGCUAGUGUCUCCGUGCUGUGAGGGGAAGACGGCUUCGGACAAACUGUAACGAAAAAAGGUUGGUGUGUGUGUGGGAGGGAAAAAACCUAGAAUGCGUCGACACAUCAAUCAACCGUGAAGGGACCCGACGGGGAGAAACACGACGGGUUCCUGGGAGCGUCUUGUGUGUCCGCUUUUAUUCUGAAGGCGAUGGAAAACAGGAAGAGCCACGUCCUCUCCUGUGAACUGGAACUGGAAAAAAAAACACUUUUUUUUUUUUUUUUUUUACAUUGAAAUAAAUAUAUAUAUAUAUUUUGUUUUGUCUUUUGCAUUUGCACCAUUUUCUAGACAUAUCAGCAUCGCACCGGAGCGCGUUUUAUUUGAACUCUCUUUCCAAAAAAGGUUGACGCCAUCUCUCUGGGCCAUCAGCCAUUCACCUGUUGCCAUGAAGGAGGCCCUGGGAUCUGCAAGUCGUACCUUUUUGAUGUGUCAUAUCUUUUUUUUUUUUUUCAAAGACCUGAGACUGAGGCCAGAAAGUGAAUAAGGUGGGAAGGGAAUUUUUAUUUUUGUCUACGGAGCGUUUGCAGGAUUUCCAUUUGCUUUAAAGUGACAUUUGAAACUUUUAAGGCAGGUCUUUUCUGUCUUUUCAGCUCAAAGGGAAGCUUGUAGGAAGCAACCCUCUGUCGUCCCAUCUUUAGGUGGCUUCCAUCCUGCAACGCCGCAUGCUGCUAUUUUAACACUAACGCCCCUUUUCUCUCUGUGUAAUUUAGUCAUUGUUUAGGUACCGAGUAUAAAUGUGCAUGUUUGAAAACACUUGCCAAGUCGUGUCUUUAUGAUUUUCAUCUUUGAGUCGAAAUGCCGAAUCGAUGUUUUUUACAUUUUUGUUGAGCUUCUUUUCCCCUGGUGGUGGAGUCUCUGCAUGAAUGAAGGUCAGUGUAGUUCGUGUCAGGUGAAGGUUCCUUUGGUUUGUGUCAUAGUGCUGAGCACUGAACGGUUUAAAAAAAGACAAACAAAAAAACGGGUAACUUUGCUAUUUUUAAAUGCGUUUUAUACCUAACGCUUGAUCCCGUUUUUUUUUAUUUUUUUUAUCGUGUGUCCGCGUCGUCAAAGUAGUUUAAAUAUUCAGACAGACGACACGGGCACGACAGCGGCGAGAGAAACGGUCGUCAGCCCCCCCCCCCCCCCCCCCCAGUACUGGACUGAUUGAAAAACAAGCAGAUCUUUAGUUCCAAUGAGGCUCGACUCACUGCCUUUCCUCCAUCGGGUCCUUCACGUAGUUCAGCUCUCACUGGGUUCCUCUUUCUGUUCUUUCUACAAAGGGUUCUGUCGGAGAGGCGUUUCCUCGGCGCUGCCCCGCCCUCGUCGGGCCGCGUUUUCAGGAGGUUGUGUGUGAUGCAACAAAAAGGGAUGCACUAAACGGUGGAGGAGGCAAACCGCGAGGGAUGGAGUUGUGCUCUCAGAGGUCUUUGGACUCGCUCGUAUUUUAUUUUAAAAUGUAUUACUUAUUUUUUUUUUUUUUUAAAUAAGGUAUCAUUUGGACAUGGACUGUUUUAGUGCAGCACACAGUGGGGGGGGGGAACCAGGCAUUUUGUGGGAUACCGGGAUGGUAGAUGGACGAGAGGGGAGGGGUGAGGGGGAGGGGGGGGGGUGUUUGUUUUCACAACGAGGAGCCCUUGUCUCGCUGGUUGAUGUCCCCUCGUUGUCCCCUCGUUGUCCCCUCGUUGUCCCCUCAGCUCGACUACAGACAUCAUGUCGACUGACCCAAAGCAGCUGAUGAGUGAUAAUCGCCGAGCUUCAGAAAAGGCUUUUGUCCUUUUGUUAUUCUGCCGUCUGUUUGGGACACUUCAAACGCUCCCAACGACCCGUCGGGGAGCUCGAGCUCCGAUCCGCUCCUUGCAGUCCAGUGGCUUGAGUUCAAUGUUCAAACGAGGCUCACAGCGUGUCAUUAUGACUCCGAACAGGUUUGUCUGUCGCUAUCUAAUCUCUGGUUUUCUUCACGCAACUUUACACACCUUUUUGUUUUAAAGGAAUUGUCCUUAAUCACAGAAUGUACCGUAUCUUCUCGCCUCUCCCUUUUCUUUCAAAAGUUUCCACCCCAAUUACCGGAUGGAUUUCUACCCUGUGAUCUAUGCAAAAUAUGCUCUGGUGUCCCCCCCCCCUCCCUUCACCCCUCACCCGUUGGAUGCUGAAAGAUGUGUAAAUACUAUUAAAAAAAAAAAAAAAAAAACACUAGAAGAAAAGAGAUGGGUCUCAAAUGCAGAGGUUUGUGGGGAAAAGCCAACAGGAAAAUCUCACUAAAAAUAAUGUACUGAUGAAUGUUGUCAGAAAUAUUUUUCUAUAUUUUGAAAUCAUUAGAACAAAAAUACAAUGUGGGCAAAACGCUGUCUGAAGAACACUACAAAGGGAAUGUUUCUAUUAAUUUAUAAAUUCUUUGCAUAGCAGUAUG